AUGACAGAAUGCUGCUGUCCUGCAAAUGUCUUGGUUAUUCAAAAUCAUAAUAAUGUACUUCACGGGGCUUUGCAAAUAGGUGGUGAUGACUGUAAAGGAAGUCUAGGUUUGACAAAUUUUACAGUCACAAAUGGUUCAAAUCCAAAUACUAUUGCCUUAUUGGGUACUUUUACACCGAGAGGUGCUGAUGCUUUGGAAGUAUUAUUGGAACAGAACACAUUACCUAACAAUCUAUGUAAAGUGACUAUGAAUCGUAUCCAAUCUUCAACUAAUAAUAAUAGUAGUGGUGGUGGUGGCAAUCAAAGUACUAUUAGAACAACAACAACAAUAACAACAACAGCUAAAAAUCACGUGUCAUCAAAUUAUAAUUCAAUUUUCAUCAAAGUCAUAUCGAUCAUAAUGAUAACUACUGUUAUCAUACAUAUUUGA